AUGCGGCUUCCUCCGUUUUUCUACACAUCACUCCUCCCUCUGUUCACUAUGGCUUUCGAAAUUCACCCCAAGGAAGAGUUAAGGAAAUGCUUCUCUUGCUCCGUGUUCACAUUCAUCAACUCUAAACUCGUCUGUGCGAAUCCAUCGUUUUGCUUCUCAGAUUUUUGCUAUUCUUACCUCCUCUCCGAUGGUCGCUCAAUGUUCCUUUCCGGAUGUGCAGAAGAUGUAUCUGACUACAGUAUACGCGCCUACGACGACCACCUAAUGUGUCAUACGCGUGGAGCCGUCGGUCUGUGUGUCUGUUCGAGUGCGCAGCCAAGUUGUCACGAUUUGUGGCCGACAUCGAGGAAUUCGACGACGGGUGGACCGCGGAAUAUGACCACUCAUAUCAGAUGGGUCGAUACGGAUGUCAAUCAGAUUAAUGCGAUUUCUCAUAGAGUAACCGGUUUCUCCGCCGACUACGCCCGCAAUCGUGUCGGUCAAAUGCGCGUCGAGCACUUCCCCGAGCAAUUCCCUGGAUCCCCGGUGUCAGUGGCCAAUGGAUUACUGUAUUUUGUAGUUUAUCUAGUUACCGUACUCAUUUACUUUUUCUGA